AUGGCUCCCAAAAAAAUAGUUCAAGUCCAAGAAUCCAAAUCUGUAUCAAAUCGAGACAAAGGAGAUAAAGGAGAAGUACAUCAAGAAAAAAACUUAGACAUAUUUUUUUCUCCUCAAUCUAAAGACUCAAAAGGGAACAAACCGAGAUCAUCGUUAACAAAUUUAAAGCCAUCUGCUAUGGAUAUAAACAAAGAUAAUAAAGAACAGGAAGAAAUUACUACUAAAGUUUUGAAUGAAAGUCUACAAUCUAUUUUAGAAGAAAUAAAGAGUGAAAUUUCAAAAAACUCUAUAGAAAUACGACAAGAAAUAAAAAGUGACAUUUUUAAGUUAACUGAAAAAUUCCAAGUCAUGGAAGAUCGAUUGAAGAAUGUUGACUUUCAAAUAGUAUCAACGAACGAAGAAGUAAAUUUACUGACAUCAAAAAUUCAUUAUCUUGAAAACAAAAUAGAAGAUCUUGAAGAUAGAUCUCGUAGGAAAAACCUAAGGUUCCGUAAUUUUGAGGAUUCCAAUAAACAAGAAAAUUUGGAAUAUAUGCUACACGAUUACUUUAAAGCCUUAGGUUUAAAAUUGGACGGCCACAAUGAGAAAUUUGAAAGAUGCCAUAGAUUGCAUAAACCAUCAAAUAUAACAUCUGAUACUCCAAGAGAUAUAAUUACUUGUUUUCAUUCGUUUGAAUUUAAAGAACAAGUUUUAAAAGCCAACAGAGAGAAACGUAUAAAAGAUGGUCCAUAUGCACAUAUCAUAGCACUUCCAGAUCUAUCUUAUAAUACCAGAAACAAGAGAAGAAUGUUUUCAUCUGGAAUCAAUAUCCUCAAGCAACAUAAUAUCAGAUUUAGAUGGAGCUAUCCCACAAAGAUGAUUAUCCAAAUGGAUGGAAAAAUAGAGUCUUUUGAUCAACCAGAUAAGCUAAAGACAUGGUUACAGAACAAAUCAUUAAAUUAA